ACAUUACAUCCAUCUCAUAUUCUCAUCUCAACAUCUUUUGCUCUAACACCUCAAAAAAUAAACUCUUAAUACAAAGAGCAGGGGCGACAAAAUAUACAAGUUGAAGAACACAAAAACUAUCAAAUUUUUAUAAGAAAAAUGGCAGGAAAGCAAGUAUGUUUGUUAAUGGCAAUAGUUGUUAUUGCUGGAAUUUCUAGCAUUUGUUCAGCUCAAAGAGCUCAUAUUGUUGGUGGUACUACUGGAUGGACUAUCCCACCUUCUACUACUUUUUACACUACUUGGGCUUCUAGGGAAACCUUUCAAGUUGGUGAUGUUCUUGUGUUCAAUUUCCCUACAAAUCAACACACAGUAGCUGAAGUGAACCAAGCCAACUUAAACUCAUGCAACACUGCCAACACUAUUGGCGCUGUCCAUACUACUGGCCCCACCAACAUCACCCUCACUGCCGGAACCCACCACUACAUCUGCACCAUUGGCACCCACUGUACCGGCGGUCAGAGGCUAACCGUCGUCGCCACUGGCCCUUCUGCCGCCACCCCCGCUGCGGAACCCACCCCUGCUGGUGGCGCCGCCACCCCUGCCACCGGUCCUGCCACCCCUGGCGGUGGCGCCGACUCCCCCGCCGGUGGCUCCACCGUCCCUGCCGCCUCUACACCCUCUGGUUCCGCUGAUGUUCCCGCUGGUUCACCCCCAGCUGGCAACUUCGCCGCUUCCACCGGCGUUAGCGUGUUGAGCUUGGUGUCUGUUGCGGCAGCGGCUUUGAUGUUUUAGAGAUGAUUUUUGUCCUACUAAUGUGGUUGUGUUUGGGUAUUUUUUACCCAAUCUUCUAGUGUUGUUAAUUGUUAUUGGUGAAUUAUUUUUUAUCAGGUUUUUUUAUUGUUGAGGGUUUAUAUAUAUAAUUUUUGGUAGCUCUUGUAUAAUAAAGCUGGCUUUUCAUUCAGCUUUUGUUUUCUGGUACAAUUUAUUCGUUAUAGUAUAUAAUUUCUUCUCGA